CUGAUAUAUAAACAACGCAGCAGCUGUUUGCAUCACUCUAAAUCUCUUCUGGAGAGCGCCGAACACGAUAAGAAAAAAUGCAGAUCUUCGUCAAGACGCUCACCGGGAAAACCAUCACGCUCGAGGUUGAAUCGAGCGACACCAUCGACAAUGUCAAGGCCAAGAUUCAGGACAAGGAAGGAAUCCCACCGGACCAGCAGCGUUUGAUUUUCGCCGGAAAGCAGCUUGAAGAUGGCCGGACCCUAGCUGAUUACAACAUCCAGAAAGAGUCGACUCUGCAUUUGGUCCUGAGGCUUAGGGGGGGUAUCAUUGAGCCUUCGCUUAUGGCAUUGGCCAGGAAAUACAAUCAGGACAAGAUGAUCUGCCGCAAAUGCUACGCACGUCUGCACCCUCGUGCUGUCAACUGCCGCAAGAAGAAGUGUGGACACAGCAAUCAGGUUUGUAGUAUGAUGUAUUCUUGGCGAAUUUAUGCUACUCAGUUAACCAAAUCGAUUAUUGAUAUUCAAAUGUUUCAAACUUGUCUUUGUGCAGUUGAGGCCGAAGAAGAAGAUCAAGUAGACUGCUGGAUUGGUCGCUUAUCUUGUUGCCAUUUUGUCCCCUCUACUUUAGUUAUUGCCAAUGAAAACUAAAUAGUGUUGAUGUUUUCUCUGUUAGACAUUGAAGCGAAAUGACACAUUUGCAAUUUUAUAUUGUUGAAAUGAAUUGGUUUUUCCUA